AUGCUUGAAGUACUUACACGUCCUCGAGGGGCCACCGGUGUCGGUUUAAGACUCUGUGAAAGGAGAUACUUAUCUCUAUUAUUUACAAGAACUACUAAUAGAACUACAAUAAAGCCCUCCUCCAUAAUCACCAAGAGAACGGUUAAAACCCCCACCAUCGAUUGGAAUCCACUUACAUCUUCGAAAACAAAUCUUGCAGCCGCCCAAAAACAGGCAGAAUCUCCAAUAUUACGUAAAUUUUUUUUGGGAUUAAUGAUUGCAAUGCCUGUUAUUAGUUUUUUCUUGGGAUGUUGGCAAGUGAAGAGGUUGAAAUGGAAGGUAGCAUUAAUUUCAAAAAGUGAAAAUUCAUUGGCCCAGCCACCAUUGGAAGAAAUUCCUCCAAACCUUGAUCCUGCCAUUAUUGACGAAUUUGAAUACAGGAGAUUUAAGACUAAAGGACAUUUUGAUUACUCCCAAGAGAUGUUCUUAGGACCUAGAAUUAAGAACGGUAUUACUGGAUAUCUUGUAGUUUGUCCUUUUGUAAGAAGCAAUGGAGGUGCACCAAUAUUGAUAGAAAGAGGUUGGAUUCAUAAGGAUAAAGUCGUCCCUGAAAAUAGGAAAGGAGGUUAUUUAAGUCACUUAGCAUAUCCACAAGGUGAAAUUGAAAUUGAAGCCUUAUUUAGAGUUAUGCCAAAGAAGUCAAACUUACAAUUUGAUCAUGAUAUGGGAUCAAGGUUAUUCUAUGUUCCUGAUGUUGAGGUAAUGGCAGAACAGUCACAUUCUCUACCAGUUUACUGCCAAAUGAUCUAUAGUUUAAAGGAUAACGUGGAAUGGAGAAAGGCCCAGGAAAAGGAAACGAAUACUUCAUCUUGGAAGAAAUGGCUUGGAUUUUCUAAAAAGAUAAAUGAGGCAGAUGAUAGUGAUGUAUUAUAUAUCUCUUCUAAGGCGGGCGAAGACUCAACUUUGGAAUAUCAAGAAUUUGAAUUCAUAGAUCAAGGGGUUCCUAUUGCUGCUUAUCCAAAGGUUAAAUUUUCUAAUAAUCAUAUGCAAUAUAUGGUGACUUGGUUCUCCCUUUCUUUUGUGAGUGCAGGUUUAUUAAUUUAUAACUUUGUCAAGAAAAGAAAGUACCUGAGUGCCGAAAAGGUUAUAGAAGCAAAGAGAAGGGACAUGAAGAAAAAGUGGUAA